AUGUCGUCGUCUGCUAUAGCAAAGUUCGAAUACAGCCACCGCAUCGGCAAGGAAACCAUUCGUCUUGUGCGCAUCCUAGGCUGCGGGACACCUGGCGAUGGACCGUUGCAACUUUUACUGGAAGAACACGCCCUUGCUGACCUGCCAGCUUACCGUGGCCUCUCUUACACAUGGGGAUCGCCUCUCGCUGAAAAGGAGCCCUCUCAGCAAGUCCAACAGCAGCCCGUAACGGUCUCAGUGAUGCUAAAUGGAAAGAGCUUUGAAAUCUUUCCAAAUCUGCAUGCUGCCUUGUGCUGGAUCAGAGCGCACAACUUGUGCAACCUGUACUGGGUCGACGCCAUCAGCAUCAACCAGGCCGACGACGCUGAGCGCAGCAUACAGGUGGGCAUCAUGGACCGCAUUUACAAAAAGGCCACCCGCGUCGACAUAUGGCUAGGUUACGUCACCAAAGCGCAUUACCCGGCUGAGGUAUCUCGUCUGGUGCGCACAAUGGCCGAAAACACCCAGCGGAACUUUAGCUUCGACCAAGAGAACUCCUUCUUGGACGACGAUGCCUUGACCAGAUACGGCUUGCUACAUGUUCCCGAUGAAGUGUGGUACGCAUUCAUUUCCUUCUUCGAUCGCAAGUGGUUCAAUCGCGUCUGGGUGGUCCAGGAGGUGGCCCUGUCAAAAGACGCCUGUAUCCUCUGGGGCAACGAUGUCAUUCCGUGGGAAACGGUGGCGUUCUGCUCCGACUUUUUGUACGAAAGUCGCCUCUACGAGCAGCUGUCGGAGGUUUUGUACGACGACAACCCUACGAUCAAGGAUGUCAAAAUUGGCAGCAACUCUUCGGGUAUCGUCGCGAUACAAAGGUGUAGACACGACAUCCUCGAUAUGUGGGACAGCACCACGCUGGAUCACAUAGUUGGUCCCCUUGCCUGCACGGGUGGGAGCAGUAGAACCAAGACAGCCGGUGCGUUGUUGUUUCUGAUGCUACGCCUGACGGUCGGAGUGGAAGCCUCCGACCCAAGAGACCAGGUAUUUGGCCUGCUGGGUAUCCUCAAUCUCCUUCUAGAUCUUAGCGGCCGCACUAGGACGGAGCUGGAGGCCAACUACCGCAAGCACUGCACGGCCGUCAGCAUAUACACCGACACGGCGGUCUUCAUCAUAGAAGAGUGCAACAAUCUGGCUCUUCUGACGGCGGUUCCCGACGACUCGAUUAAGAACAUUGAGGGCCUGCCGUCCUGGGUGCCGGAUUUCUCUGCAAACGGGCCCUCUGCCUUUCUGGCAAUGAGAUGGCCCGCCGAGAUCCCCUACUUUGAUGCCUGUCAUUCCAUGCCGACCAAUUACCGCGUCGUCGAUGACAAGCUCCUCCAUGUCAAGGCCUUGUGCGUCGGCACGGUCUCGUUAGUGGGCGAGGUAUACUCGGAACUAGCUACGAACGGAAGCUUCACGCAAUGGGCCGACUUCCUCUUGCAAUGUGAUCCUGUAUAUGAGCCAACUGGGCAGUGUCGAGUAGAGGCGUUUUGGAGGACAUUAAUUGGUGACCGAGACGCUUUUCAACACCCCGCCCCUGACAGCAUGCAGAAGGCAUUUCACUCCUGGAUCGCAGACCACGUCGUAUGGGAGGUGUACUGCGCCAUGAAGAAAGGCGCCGAUAUUGAAGAACGCAUCAGCCGUCUAAACAGCAUCAAGAGACUCGCCGCGUCGGAUGUCAGCAAGACGGUGCCCUCGUGCGAUGUCAUCAUGGGAUAUCUGAAGCAGCUCGAGGAAUGCGAGAAGCAGGAGCAAGUUGAGGGCUUGUUCGAUCGCUUCAAGCACACUUGCCAAGUGUAUGUAAAUCUCGCUUUUGAGACGCUCUGGGAGAGACGGCCAUUCCUGACGGAUAGUGGUCACAUGGGGCUUGGAGGUCAAUCCGUGCAAGAGGGGGAUGGGGUUUGGGUGGUGGCUGGUUGCCCAUCGCCGCUUGUGCUUCGAGAGCUGCCUGUUUCUUCUAUUUCUGGGCCUUUUAGCUAUCGAUUGAUUGGGGAGGCGUACGUACAUGGCAUCAUGCACGGGGAGGCUGUUGGUGAGGAUGUGUUGUGGGAAGACGUCUGCAUCCAGUAA